AUGGCGAGUGAUAAUGAAGAAGAUGAAGAAGAAGAAAUUGAACCGGAGAAUGAAGAAGACCGCGCUUUUCUCGAUGAUGAAAUACAAGAACAGGAAGACGUCUCCUUUUAUAGAAGAUUGAACGUUAAAGUGGACAGAGAAAGAAGACAGCAACUGAGACAGACGCGGGACCAGUUAGAAGAGUUACAAGAUAUUGUAGGUGGUUCAGAGGACGUCAGUGACCACAAAGUCCUCAGUCAACUAGAGGAGAAACUGAACGCCUAUAUACAAGAACUGCCCGUGCUAGGCUUCAACUCUGGCAAGUACGACCUGAAUGCGUCCAAAGAAUUCCUGUUCCCGUACCUCAUCAAGCAUCAGCCCGUCAAGUUUACUGUGAAAAGGAAUAAUAAUCAUAUGUGUAUCAAGACAGACUCUUAA